AUGGGGAACGCAGACAGCAAGGCGCACGGAGACUUCCAGCUCCGCAGUCUCCUUGAGGCGACGACCGCGUUGGGCGAGCAGCCACGACACGAUUGCCCCGAGCAGGAGAUAGGCCAGCCGAACCAGUCCGUGAGUCUCCUGGAUCAGUUUCUGGGAGCGAAUCUAAGCGCAAAGGAUGUCGAGGCCUGCCUCGGGACGCCUGAAGAAAUCCUCCAAGCGGCCGUUGAUCACCCUGGCGCCCUCGCCGAUCUCCUGGACCACCUUACGCUAAGGGCGACGCAGGCGGCGGAGUCGGCGUCUCAGUUUCCUAUGACGGUGCAGCAGUCUAGUGUGCUGUUGACGACAGUCCGCGUGUUUUCGCGGCUGAUUCCGAUUUUGCUGACCGACAGCGAGCUGGAGCAGCGGAUCUUCUGGACUGCGCACUUCCGCUGCCUGUCGCCCGCGUCGCGCCGCGUCUCGGCGAGGACUGGAGGCGAGGAGAUCGGCAGCGGCGGCGACAUGGCGAAAGAAUCGCCUCGCUGCAGAGCAGACCGGGCGGCCAGCGGGGCGGAGGAGGUGCGGGUUGGCAGGUGUGCGUCCGCCGGAGAGAGGGGCGAAGAGGAGGCGGAGAGCGGAGACUUUCGCGACGACGGCAAGCGAGAAGAAGAAGAUGAGAGAGUGGACCAGGAGGCGCGCGGGUCUUCCAUCGGCGACGCGCGCGGCGUGUCAGACGCCUCGGCGUCUCCAUUCCGCGAUCGCAACGGCUUGGCGCCGAGGCUGUUCUUCUCGGCGGGGGGGGGCGUCGGCGCGGGCGAGGCGGUUCCAGUCCUGCUGGGCAAUGAAAUCGUGAAUCUUUUGUUUUGGCUGCUUUUUCUGCGCGGCUUCACCGCAGCGGUCCCGGGCACGCCGCUCGCCCGCGAAGACCUCGCCAGCCUGCCGAAGCACAAACUGGACGCCCGCUUCCUCUGGAAGGGCGGCGUCGGCUCGCCAGCUGAUCACGCCGACCGCGCGCCAGCCUGGGUCGCCAGAAACCGCGCCGAAGUCAUGCAAUGCCUCAUCGCGUGCUUCGCAGGCACGCUCUACAACACGGUUGACGAGUAUCAGGUUCACAUUCCCACGUGGCUGCGCGUCGCAACGGCAGGGAACGCUCCAUACACGGCGAAUUUGUUCUGCUCGCUGCUCUCCCUCGUGUGCGCGGCCGAUGCAACCAAGCGCGGUCUCUUCGGAAGCAGCAUCUUUGCCAACCCCGAGGCGCAGGAUAUGACCACCGCCGCCCUGCAGCUGCUGAUUAUUCUUCUGGACUUCAACGUGUCGGUCUUUGUGCACCCCGAAGACCGUGUGCGUGACUCCGAGGUCAAUCUGCGUGUGGGACAUCUCAUUCUUGUUUGCUUCUUCGCAGAAAACACGGAGGCCAACAAGGGAGAAAAGACAGGCAGGAAGGCCGGCACGCCAGCGCUGCGAAAUGUUUUCCGCAGCAUGCUGAGCGGGCUCCAUAAGACAGAGGAAUUCGACUUCAUCUACGAUGGCCUAAUGCGCCUCUUAGACAGUGCAGCUUACCGCGCGCGCGGCGUCUCCCCGUCAGGAAAGCCCGACUUGUUCUGCGAGCAGCUGCUCAUUUUGACCUGGCACCUGCUCACUCUCAACCAGAGUUUUCUUCGCCACGUUUGCUCUCGCCGCGGCUCCCACGCGCUGCUCCGCCCGCUGAUUUCCCUGCUUUUGGAUGCCUCGCACUUCAUUCAUCGCCGCGUGCCGGCGCCGGGUGCGGCUGGAGCCCAGGAGACAGUGCCCGCGGGAGCGAGCGGGUCGGAUGGGACGGCGAGCCCCGCGGCCAGAGCGUCUUCCCCAGCGACCAACGGCGACACCUGGAAGGCAGCCGAGGACCGAAGAGGAGAUGGCUCCUCGUCGGUCAGCGCUGCAGAGUCUGCCGCGGCUCUCUCGCGCAUCGGGCUGCUUCAUAUGUGUUCAUUUAUUCUUCUCGUUCUCUCCUCAGAGAGAGACUUCGCGGUGCGCCUGAACGAGCCCUUCACGGGCAAAGCGCCUGCCGACCUGCCGGUCUUCCAAGGCAGCUACGCCGAUCUCCUCUGCCUCGCAGUCCACCGCGUCGUCAUGGACGCCACUGGGCCCCGAGGAAGCUCUGACAGCUUGGUGGACAUGUUGCUCACGGUGCUUUGCAACGUGAGCGCGUACGUGAAAUCCUUCUGUCUCGAGUCUUGUCUGCGCCUGAUGGCGAUGAUGGAACGACUCACGCGGCGCCAUUGGCUCUUCUCGGCGCCGCAGCACUACCACGACGUCUUCUUCCUGCUCGACGUCCUGAACAACCUCAUUCAGUAUCAGUUCGAGGGUAAUAGCCAGCUGGUGUACGCGAUUUUGCGGCAGAAGAACAUUUUCUGCGACUUGGAGAAUCUGACGCUCCCCGCCGCUUUCCGCCGGUCUUCGCCCUGCGCCGACAAGGCCGAGGGCGACGGAGGCAACGAGCGGCGCCAGUCUUCUUCCCCCGCAAGCGCGGCUGAAGAGGAGGGCGACUCGCGGGGCGAUGGCGCAGAGGCCAGCCCAGCGCGAAGAGAUUGUGCAGACGCAGACAGAGAGGCAGGCCCCAACGGCACAGACGAGCGAGCUGCGGCCGUCAAAAACGACGCCGAGGAGACCUGGAGCGAGGAAGAAGAACCCUGGGAGCCGACUGAGGAGUGGCUGGAAGAAUGGAAGCAAAAGCUCCCCCUGCAGACCAUUCUGCGGCUGAUUCACUGCCUCCUGCCUCAGGUGGAGGAGGAGUGCGCGCGGCGCGAGGUGACUGACCAGCAGGACAUCCUCCAGUUUCUCGAGAAGACGACAAUGGUCGGCCUGCUGCCGGUUCCACACCCAAUUAUCAUUCGCAACUACCAGCCUAACGCGUACACCGCCCUCUGGUUCACUUCCUUCAUGUGGGGCCUUCUCCUCGUGUCCUCCGCCGCGCUCGACGGCGUGAUGAAAUCCGAGAUCCGCCUCAUCGUCAUGAAUCCCUAG